UUCAACUCUCACCCACAACGGCCAUUCGCGGGACAGAGGCGCCAAACUCGAAAUUGGUGGAGGUUUAGAAAACGAGACUGUUUAUACGAUUUUUUUAAUGCACAUUUUUUGGGGGAAUAUGAAACAACGAUGACGGAGAUAUUGUUCAAUAAGAAGUUACUAGUGCAAGUGAAAUGUAAAGACUGCGAUGACAGACGUACAAAAAUCCGAAUCAGUGUUGAGCAUCAGUUCACAAGUAAUCCGAUUCAUAAAAGGGAUCUGGUCGUACGGCUGACUGAUGAUGCGGAUCUGUACUUUCUAUACAACCUCACCAUAUCAGAGGAGGAUUUCCAAAGUUUGAAGGUCCAGCAGGGCCUGUUGGUGGACUUCACCUCCUUCCCUCAGAGAUUCAUUGACCUGUUGGAACUAUGUAUAACAGAGCAGGACAAGGAGAACCCAAGGUUCUUGCUGCAGCUCUGCUGUUCUUCCUCAUCUCUGGACCACGGCCCUGCAAGCCUCAAUGUGGUGGAGACCAACCCCUUCAAGCACCUCACACACCUGUGCCUCAAACUGCUCCAUGGCACUGAUGUGGAGAUUAAGAAGUUCCUGGCCUCUUGUCUGGCCAGUAUGAAGGAGGAGAAGCAGCUGUUGGAGCAGACGCUGAAGAAGACUGAGGGGGAUCUUUCCAGGCAGCUAAGCUUCACCCAACAGACUCUGGCAGAGAAGAGUAGAGAACUGGACACGCUGCGCUCAGAGUGGACGUCCCAGUCCACCUCACUGUCCAGCAAACACACACUGGACCUCACAGCAGAGCGGGAAAAGGCUCUGGAGACGCAGACUCGUCUGCAGCAGCAGAAUGAGCAGUUGCGGCGGGAGCUGGAGGGUACCCACCAGCGGAGCACGGACCAGCUGCAGGGACGCCUGGCCGAGCUGGAGGCCUCCAACCGCGAGCUCACAGACAGGAAGUACCGCAAUGAAGCCACCAUCCGCGACCUCAAGGCCAAACUGGCUGGAGUAGAGGAGGAGUGCCAGCGGGCGAAGCAGCAGGUGGCGUCUCUGCGUCGUGAGAAUGGAGCUCUGGACCAGGAGUGCCACGAUAAGGAGCGUCAGCUGAACCAGCUGCACACGCGUGUGGCCGUGCUGGAGCAGGAGGUCAAGGACAAGGAGCAGCUGCUCGGACGCACCAGGGAAGUGUUGGAUGCUACGCAGCAGCAGAAGACGUCAGUGGAAGGCAGUGCAGAGAGUCAGCACCUCCAGAUCGGGAAGCUGGAGACCACCGUCAAGUCUCUGUCUGAAGAACUCAUAAAGGCAAACAGCAUCAUUAAGAAGCUUCAGGGUGACGUGAAGGCUCUGCUUGGGAAGAUGAAGGUAAAGAACGCGGUGACGGUCUCUCAGGAGAAGGUUCUGCAGGAGACCACUGACAAGCUGCAGCAGCUGCAGACACAGCUGCAGGACGCCCAGCAGCAGCUCCGACAACGAGACGAGGAGGUGUGUAAACUGAAGGAGCAGCUGGAGGUGACGGUGCAGAAGCUGGAUGAGAGCAGAGAGGUUCUGAAGACCAAUGAGAACGUGAUCACGUGGCUCAACAAGCAGCUGAAUGAGAACCAGUUGUCACGGAAACAGGAGAGUCUGGGCAUGUUUGAGACGCCGCCGGCCCUCUCCGCGGGGGCGGGGCUAAGGAUGGGUGGAGUCUCCAGUAACCUGCUUGACAGCAGGAGUUUUCCCCCGUCUGGUCUGGGGUACUCCUCCACCUCUCCGUCUGCCCAGGGGUACCCCGUUACCUCCACGUUAAACUCCAAACUUUCCUACCCUCUAUCGGCUGCCGGCACAGGAGCCCGGCCUGUGUUUGGCCUGCACAACCAGGGCUCUGGACCCAAGGUCCAGUUUAACCCCAUGACUGCCAAGCCUGCUCUGUCUCCUGUGGAGAGGAGAGAUGGGAGCCCCCCUGUGACGCGUGUGCCCUUUUCUAACAAAGAGAAUCGUGAUCCUGUAGGUCUGGACUCUAAGUACUUGGAGAGACGUGACGACAGCAUCCCCCUUCGUGGGCUCCUAACCAGCAUGAACAUGAACAAAGAUAUCCCGAAGCCUUCGCUGAAUAAAGCCAAGCCAGGGGUACAGCCCCCCCCCUCCGCAUACUUCCCAGGAUGAAAUCCGCAGGCGACCUCCGUAUGAACGGCUCUCCCUUACCUGCGUCGCCCACACCCAAAGCAGGCUCCUGUUUACAUCGUGCGUGUGUGUGUGUCUGCCACAUGAACCGUGCAUUAACUAGAGCAAUCUUUUUUUAUCCAUGUUGUGCGUUUUGUUAUUUAUUAAACCAGUAUUUUUAUCUGUUAAAUCGAUUGCAAAUCAGUUGGCUGGAAUGAUUGACUUUAGGUUGUUUUGCUCAACAAAAUUGAUCAACACCUGUGUGCGUGUGUGUGUGUGUUUUAAGACACAAGUGUGUAAGGAAUUACAUAACUAAAAGAGAUUUGUGAACAGCAGGCCAGAAGCACACCCCCACUGCUGGCUUCAGAAUACACUUGCAGACCGUUGGCGCCUGUAGCAUGCUAAUGUUAGCCGCUAUUCUGUUGAAACCACUUGCACACCUUUGGCGACUGUAGCAUGCUAAUGUUAGCUGCUAACUCCUGAAACGAGUUCCUGUUUGAAACGAGUCAAACACCUGUGGAGCUCAGGGGCCAUUAGCAUGCUGCUAAAGUUAUCUGCUAACCGCCAGCCAGGCUGUGGUGUUCCAUGGUGCUGGGUUGAUGUGCAUGUCACGGUACACUGUCACUGCCCCAGAGGUCCAAACAGAGAGCAGCUGGCUUUGGACAGGUGAUCAGGCCCCAAUCUGAGUCACCUUCUCUGAGGAGACGCUCCACUGCAUUAAAAAUGUGAGAUGGCAGCGAUGAUCCCUAACAGCAUUCAGACGGACCUGUGCCUGGUCGAGCGGUUUUCUCGCAGAGGUGACCUGCAUCAGGCUGGCUGAUGCUGUUCUGUUCAUCAGAUACUUGAUCAUUGGACGUAAUUCUUAAGGACAUUGAAAGGGAGCCUGUCUCCCUCAGUGAUUGGUUCAUGUUUGCUGUGUGUGUAUAUAUGUAUGUAUGUGCAAGGCAAAUGAAUGAACACACUGUAUAUUUGUGUUUGUCAAUAUUUUUUAAAGUUGUGUGAAUAAACCAUGUCAAAGUAG